AUGAGAGAGGCAUGCUUUGACCUGCACGAUGGCAUUCGGCGCCAGAACGAGGAAAUCGAAGAAUGCAUGCAGAAAAUGAAGGGCUUCAGCGAUGCGAUCAUGAAGCAGUGCACGAAGAAUGCUGAAGGAUCCAAAGUUUCGGAGCGUAGCAAGGAAGCCACGGCUCAAAUCACAAGAUAUGCAGAAGAGUGGAAACGGCUAACGGCACAAAUCGAAGAGCAGACGAAGGAACUGCAGGAUUGGAAGGAGGAAAGAAAAGAAGACUCGCGGUCGAGCAGUCCAAGGACGGGUUGCAAGAGGAGACAUGGAGGUUUCGAAAUCCCGCCCUCGGAAUUACAGAGGUAUGAAAGAAUACUGGAUCAGAGCGAGAAAGAGCUGACGGAAAUCGACGAUUUUCUCAGUCGAAAUGUGGUCAAAGAUAGACGUUUCGGCAGCAGGAACAUGAAGGAAGGUGAGGGAGGAAUGACCUGCGUGUAUUGUAAGGAGGAUCGAGUUGUUGAAAUCGGAAAACAGAUGUAUGGUAUGCCUGGAAUUCCAUUUUGCACCGAAGUGCCCUAG